AUGAGUAUUUGGCUAAUAAAUGACUCUCCGAGAUUCUCAAAAACCGUUAGAAGCAUGCUUGAGUUGAGACAACAGCUUCAGCUCUAUCUCCGCUGCAAUGUUGGAGAUGGGAGAACGGCUCUGUUUUGGUACGAUUACUGGACAGACUUGGGGCCUCUAUAUACUCUCUUCGGAAACUCGGGGCCUACGUCCCUCAGAAUUCCUCUCAAUGCUAAUGUCUCCGAAGCGGUUUGUGAUGGUCACUGGAGGUUACCGGCCGCACGCUCGGAGAACGCAGAGACGCUACAAGUUGUUCUGUCAACAAUGAGUGUACCUUGUGAUGCAAAUGGAAGUGAUGUUUACUUGUCUAGAAUCAACUCUGGUGGUUUUGGUGCCUCUUUCUCCUCGAAUGUCACUUGGGAGAGGCUAAGAAAUCCUAAUCCUCGGGUACAUUGGCACCCGGUGGUUUGGUUUAAGGAGGAGAUACCGCGCUGCUCCUUUAUUACUUGGACCGUCUUCCUCAAUCGACUUCCUACUCGAGACAGAUUGAUAUCAUGGGGAUUAACUCUUCCUCCAGGUUGUGUUCUAUGUUCUGAUGCUGAUGAAUCUCAUUCCCAUCUUUUCUUUGAGUGUUCGUUUGCUGCUGUCGUUUGGAAUCGUUAUUGUGGCAGGUUCUUGGCGUCUCCUCCUUCCUAUGUUGCAGCAGUGGUGGAUCUUUCUCACCAGCUUCAGGGCCCUCAUGGUCCUCGGGUUGUGGCAGUGUUGAAACUUCUAAAUCAAGUCAUUAUCUACAACCUUUGGCGUGAAAGGAAUGCUCGCAUCUUCAGAAGCGUGUCGCUGACUCAAGAGGCUUUCUUCAAGGUGGUGGAUCGCUGUAUGCGGGAUCGGUUGUUAUCACUUCAGUCGCUGACUGCAGUCUCCCCUUCCCUGCUUGAGUUGUACUUUUGGUUCGUUUCACCCUAUAGUUAA